GAGAAUCUGGGGUCUCUGCCAAGGCGGCAGAGCAGAGUUUGAACUGCUGUGGCGCACAGUGACACAACACUGAGGUGUUUUUACUGCUGAAAAGUCACCACCCUUCAAAAUCUGUCACCGACGAGGAAGAGAAAACUCUGGGAGCGAUGCGUGAGUCCAGUUGGAUACGGACUGUCUGCGCUUGGAGGAUGUUUCAUGGAUGUUUUGUCCUGUUUUUACAAGAGAGUUAACUUUUUUACGCGGUGCCGUUUGCGUCAAAGCUCAGAGCAUGCAGCUUGUAAAAACAGACAAACUGGGUUAAUCCCAGCGCGGACUCCCUACUUUGUGUCCCUCUCGACCCGGGCUGGGUUUGAGAUGAGCGCUCAGGAUGGGACUGUGCCUCGGAACCGAAAUGACGGAGGAGAAGAAAGCGAAGAUCCACAGCGCAAAGAUAGACCGGGACCUGUACGAGUCCGCCAAGAAGGAGAUGAAUGUGGUCAAAAUCCUGCUGCUAGGUGCAGCAGAGAGUGGUAAAAGCACUUUGGUCAAACAGAUGAAGAUCAUCCACAGUAAUGGAUUCACCAAACAAGAGCUCACCAGCUUUAAGCCCGCCGUGCUGGAUAACCUCCUGACCUCCAUGAAGUUUGUCCUCCAUGGCAUGGGCGUCCUCCGGAUCAACCUGUCAAACAGCAGAAACAAGGUCCACGCUCAUUCUGUCCUGUCAUGUGGGAGGUGUUUCGACGAGGAUCAGAUGCUGUUUCCUUUCCUCAGCCACGCCCUCUCCUGCCUGUGGGCCGACCAGGGCGUGAGGACCGCCGCAUCAAGGGGAUACGAGUAUGAGCUGAAUGACUCAGCGCUGUAUUUCUUUGACAACAUGACCCGCAUCACGUCGCCAGAUUACGUGCCCACAGAGACAGAUGUUCUGCGAGUACGGCUGAGGACGACAGGCGUGAUAGAGACCCAGUUCAAAGUCAACCAUCUCAUUUUCAGGAUGUAUGACGUUGGAGGCCAGAGAACUGAGCGGAGGAAGUGGAUCGGCUGUUUUGAAGAUGUCAGGGCGGUGCUGUUUGUUGUGUCGCUCAGUGGCUAUGACAUGACUCUGGUGGAAGACACCUCCAUGAACCGUCUUCAGGAGAGCUUGAAGCUCUUCUCAUCCAUCUGUAACAACGUUUUCUUCCGCAGCACAUCUAUGAUUUUAUUCAUGAACAAGAUAGACCUCUUUCAGGACAAGAUUCUACACUCUGGGCGACAUCUUCGGUUAUACCUGCCACAGUUUAAAGGAGCAGACUGCGAUGUGGAUUCUGCUGCUCGCUACAUCGCCGCCACCUUCAUCUCUCUCAACACCACGCCCAGCAAACUCAUCUACCACCACUUCACCACGGCAACCGACACCUCCAACAUCCAGGUGGUCUUUCAGGUGGUUAUGGACACUAUUAUCAGAGAAAACCUGGAGGCUGUGUCGCUCCUGUAGCUGCAGGCGGAGGUCUGAGACUUCAGUGGACAGUUGGGGCCUCCUUUUAAGAGACAAAAACAGGAAACAAGGCUUCCAACAGAAGACGAGGAUCAUCCAAAUCUCAGACACUCUUAGUCUCUGCUGCAUUUCAACCUCUCUUCUCUGUAUGUAGCUCAUAAAAUGUUUCAAAGAACACUGAAGGAGAAGAUCCAUCUUGCUCCUCCUCGAUCUUUAGGGUUGAGUCCUGAAUGCUUACCUUUCAAACCUUGUGUUUAGAAUAACGGGCAUUUUUAUCUGUAAUGUACUUAAAAAACAGAUCGUGAAUGGCAGAGCUACUUUUUUAAAGACUUGACACCCACACACACAAGCACACACACCAUUUAUUAGCCAAUCUGUGUGUGUGUGUGUGUGUGUGUGUGUGUGUGUGUGUGUGUGUGUGUGUGUGUGUGUGUGUGUGUGUGUGUGUGUGUGUGGGCCGGACACUUAGGGUGUGAGGAUUUACUGUUUGUCCGUUACUUCCACGGCACAGAGUUCACUCAUGCAUACCGCUGUGUGUUUGCAGCUCAUCCAUCACUUCAUCCCUCUGCUGUCCACAUCCUUUGCGUCACACCAUCCUAAUGCUCCUCAGCUUGUGUUUACUUUUUCUGGACUGAAGUCACUUGUUCCCCUGGACUCCAGCCAGUCGGCGAUGACACUGGUGUUUUAUAUUCAAAACAGGAAUAUAAUGUAUGUAAUGCAACCUCUUUAAGUCUGAACAUUUUGUUCCAGGUCUUUAACACACACAAAAACCCUGAUUUUCUCCCCGGAUCAAACCUUGUGUAUGUGAUUUGUGUGGCAUUAACCCUGCUGGAAGCUUGAGUCAUAAACAAGAUAUGGUAAUGGCUGAUUCUGAGAAAAGAGAAAACCCCUCAAGUGCCUUUUGUGAUGACGAGCCUGAAGAGUUAUUAGAGAGCUUCUAUUGUUGUGUAUUUUUCCACUUUCUGAAAUGUUAUAUUCAAUCCUCUGGUGCACCAUAUUCACAGAUUGUCAUAUUCAUAGUUGGUCCUAUAUUGUAAGUAAACCUCAAUACAAAUUGAAUGUUGCACUGGUGAGUUUAUUUUAAGAUCAUAUUGCAGUUUCCUCUGAAGAAGUAUUGUAUUGUAUUGUGUGAAAUAAUAAUUAUUGUAUCAAAUAAAUCAGGUCUGGAUCCCUUUUUCCCUUUAAACAUGUUUCAACACAAAUUUAAGCCACACAGCAUGUUACCAGUGUUUGUUCGUUUUAAUAGAUAAAAUAAAUAAAAGUACUUUCCAGGAAA